UUUAAAUUUUUAAAUUUUAAAACAUUUGUGUAGAUUCAUGGGGUCCAAGUGCAGUUUUGCUACAUUGGUAAAUUGCCUGUGCUGAAGUCAGGGCCUUCAGUGCUUCCAUCCCUGGAGCAACACAUGUUGUACCCACCAGGCAGCCUCUCAUCAUCCACCUCCUUCCCAGCCCCAUGGCCCCUGAGUCUCCAUUGUCCAUCAUUGGACACAUCAUUGUCCAUCACAAUUGUCUGUUUAUAUCAGAUGAUUGUGUAUUUUAUCUUAGCCUUGUUUAUAGCUGUUCCUGGUGAAAUAUACCAUCUUUUCUUGUACAUUUCUGUGUUUUUUACUGAACCCCCACAUGACUCAGUCUUACCCAGCAGGGCCGCAUCAGUGCCUGGGAAGGGCAGGCUUCUUUGCUCAGGCACAGUUUGCCAGGAAGAGAGAGCAGCAGGCGUGUUCCCUGGGGGCAGCUUUUAUCCUAGAGACAGAGGGAAAGGAAAGCCUUGCUGUCCAAAUGCCAUUUCCCCUUACAAACUGACCACUCCUCACUGCAUCUUCCCAGCCAAACAAGUGAGGAGGUGGACGGAAACCUGGAGCAGGCUCUGAUGGAGCUGCCCACAGCGGGGAUGACAUUGCCCAGGGCAAUACCUGAGCAGGAUCAAUCGAUCCUCCUGCCUCAGCCUUCUGAGAAGUUGGGACUACAGGCGUGAGCCACCAUGCUGGCUAAUUUUUCUAUCAGAAAGAGUAGGCUUCUAUUCUUAUUCUGAGGGUCCACUUAAUCUCUCAUGUACUACUUUUGUUUUUUUAAGUAAUACAGUAUUCUGUUUGUAAAUUCAACAAGCUUGAGUUUCUCAAUUGAUUAAAGUGGCUUGAUGAUCCUCUGUGGUCCAUGGUGGGAACUCUAGUGUGCACGGGAUGUAGUGUGAUUCCUGCUCUUCAUAAGUUUCUAUUCUUAACAGAAUUAAGCCUGCAUCCAAAAAACCAAAACCUGUUACUAUACAACUAGAUAGUAUCCCUAAGUCGUGAAUUUAUUGAGACAUUGGAGGGAGAAAUAAUUUGGGAGCCAUUGGUAUGGGUUUUAUGACAUAAAUUUCAUAAUGGUAAUAUUAACACCUGAUUACCAUCCAAGUAACCUGCCCCAUGAAACAGUGUCUAGCAAUUCCAGUCAGUAUUUAUGCUUUCCGACUGUUACAGAACAUUUGAGAAUCAGAAUAUGUUGACUGGUAUUGCUAGGAAAGGCUUCAUGAAAUAAGUGACUUGUAUGAGUAAUAAUAAGUAUUUUAAUAGCUAAUGAUUGAGUGAGACCAUGUGUCAGGUUUUAUUCUGAGCACUGUAUCUGUAUUUUCUCCCUUCAUCAGCCCUGUACUCACCUGAACAGUAGGUGCUAUCAUUACCCCUGCCCUACAGAUGGGGAAACUGAAACAUUGGUUUAAGCACCUCACCCAAGACCUGGGAUUUGAACCUGGUCUGAAUGUGUUCUUAACUACGAGGCUGUGUAACUAGAGAGGAGGAGAGGCACGUGGAGAAGGACUGAGAGGAGAGGGGAGGUGAAAUGGCCACAUCUUGCAGGAACUGGAGUGGCAAGGUGAAGUGUUUGAAUGAACAUGGUCUGUGGUGAGUGGGAAGCCAUUAUAGAUUCCAGAGCAAGAGGCUAUCAUCCUGGAAACAGGGAGAUAUUUUGGGAGGUGAACCUAGAGGUGGUGACGGCAGUGCGCACAGGGUGACUUACAGUCAGAGAACAGAGAGAGGGAGGAGGAGAGGGAAGGGCAACCCUGAUGCCCCUCCUAGAGGCUCUUGUAAGUGUUUCUAUGCCUGUCGCCUGAAUGUACCUAUUUACAAGUGGUUUGGCUGAGUGUCCUGCAUAGGGAAUGAGAUCCCCGUGGGUGAAACCAAUCCUUUUGCAACUUUAGGGCCUCACAGGGGGAUGGCCAUCUGGCUACAAAGUCGGCUUGUUUCGUGGCCUACAGAAGAGAGGCUGACCUCAUCCUCAGGCGGUGCUUGCGAGUGGGUUUUGAAAGGUCCCCUUGUGGGGACGCACACUGGGCUCCUGCUGGAGUCCUCACCCCCUCUUUGUUGGCCGGGGAAGUGCCUGAGACUGUGACUGGAAGAGGAGAAAGAGCUGCAUGCUUGUAAUGGCCCAGAUGGGAGUGUGUAAGUGCCUCCCACCCAGCGUUCUGCCAGAGUCGUGUGGGCCUUUGAUCCCUUUUUUUGAAGAAAUGUGUAAAGGCAUUAAAGCUGGUGACACCUGUGAGAAGCUGGUGGGAUAUUCUGCUGUAUAUAGAGUCUGUUUUGGAAUGGCUUGUUUCUUCUUUAUCUUCUGUCUACUGACCUUGAAAAUCGACAAUAGCAAAAGUUGUAGAGCUCGUAUUCACAAUGGCUUUUGGUUCUUUAAACUUCUGCUGCUGGGGGCCAUGUGCUCAGGAGCUUUCUUCAUUCCAGAUCAGGACACCUUUCUGAACGCCUGGCGCUACGUGGGAGCCAUCGGAGGCUUCCUCUUUAUCGGCAUCCAGCUCCUCCUGCUUGUGGAAUUUGCACAUAAGUGGAACAAGAACUGGACAGCAGGCACGGCCAGUAACAAGCUCUGGUACGCCUCGCUGGCCCUGGUGACGCUCAUCAUGUAUUCUGUUGCCACUGGAGGCUUGGUUUCGAUGGCAGUGUUUUACACACAGAAAGAUGGCUGCAUGGAGAACAAAAUUCUGCUGGGAGUGAACGGAGGCCUGUGCCUGCUUAUUUCAUUGGUAGCCAUCUCGCCCUGUGUCCAAAAUCGACAGCCACACUCGGGGCUCCUACAAUCAGGGGUCAUAAGCUGCUAUGUCACCUACCUCACCUUCUCAGCUCUGUCCAGCAAACCUGCAGAAGUAGUUCUAGAUGAGCAUGGGAAAAAUAUUACAAUCUGUGUGCCUAACUUUGGUCAAGACCUGUACAAAGAUGAAAACUUGGUGACUAUACUGGGGACCGGCCUCUUAAUCGGAUGUAUCUUGUAUUCAUGUUUGACAUCAACCACGAGAUCGAGUUCCGAUGCUCUGCAGGGGCGAUAUGCAGCUCCUGAGCUGGAAAUAGCUCGCUGUUGUUUUUGCUUCAGUCCUGGUGGAGAGGACACUGAAGAGCAGCAGCCGGGGAAGAAGGGGCCGCGGGUCAUUUAUGACGAGAAGAAAGGCACCGUCUACAUCUACUCCUACUUCCACUUCGUGUUCUUUCUGGCUUCCCUCUAUGUGAUGAUGACUGUCACCAACUGGUUCAACUACGAAAGUGCCAACAUGGAGAGCUUCUUCAGCGGGAGCUGGUCCAUCUUCUGGGUCAAGAUGGCCUCCUGCUGGAUCUGUGUGCUGUUGUACCUGUGGACGCUGGUCGCUCCCCUCUGCUGCCCCACCCGGCAGUUCUCCGUUUGACAAUGUCAGUGGUCCCCUGGGCUCUGUGGGCCUGCAGCCUGGAAAGUGCCAUCUUUUGAACAGUGUCCCCGGGGGUUAAGUGGUGACUGGCGCCCUGUGCCUAAGUGGGUCUGAAAAGGCUUUCAGAAAAAAAAAAAAUCUCCUGAUUAGAUUUUUACUUUUGAAAUUCAAAAAGAAACUACCAGUUUGUCCGAAAGGAAUUGAAAUUUUCAACUAAACUGAUCAUGGUUG